ACCCGCCACGCCAAGCUCCAAGGAGGAAUGGGCAACAAAUCUCAAAGGAACGACAUGUGUUACUGUUAAAAUAAGAAAAUUCAUACCCCUACCCCCCAAAUUGCGUAUUGCAACACAUAACUCAUUAGUCAGUCAUCUCCACCAUUGCUUGCACCCCAUUCCUUUAAUAUGUCUUCACGGUCCCUAAUCAAAAUUUAGUCUUCCAUUAUUUCUCUUUUCUUUUCUACACUCAAAUUCUUUAAUCUUUUUCCUCUCACAGAAUUUGAGUUUUGUUCCGAUCCGGCACAAAAAAGAAAAGAGAAAAUGGUCGCAAUGAGACGGUUAAGCGUCCUCCAAUCACAGCCAGGUAACAAAACGUGCGUCGAUUGUAGCCAAAGAAAUCCCACAUGGGCUUCUGUUUCCUACGGUGUUUUCAUGUGCUUGGAAUGCUCCGGUAAGCACCGUGGCUUAGGUGUCCACAUCUCCUUCGUUCGAUCUGUUACCAUGGAUUCAUGGUCCGAGAUCCAGAUCAAGAAAAUGGAGUCGGGCGGUAAUGAGAGACUCAAUUCUUUUUUAGCUCAAUAUGGGAUUCCUAAAGAAACCGAUAUUGUUACCAAAUACAAUUCCAAUGCCGCUGGUGUGUAUCGCGAUCGGAUCCAAGCACUAGCCGAGGGCCGCCCCUGGCAAGAUCCAGCCCUUGUGAGAGAGACUCUCAAUGGGGAUGGCAGUCACAAAAAGUCGUCAUUGAGCGAUAGCGAUGACUGUGGCAAAGGUAGUAGUUACGGGAAUGAUAAUGGAGGGUGGGCUAGUUGGGACUGUGAUGAUUCGUUUAGGUCUUCAAGCGAUUUGAGGAGGAACCAAUCAAUGAGUGAUUUAAGAGGACAGAUGAGUCGUUGUAGUAGAAGAGUUGUUCCGAUUAGGUCGAGGUCCACGGAGGAUAUUUACAUGCAACCUCAAUUGGAGGCUUCGGUGGCACAUAGCCAUAAUUGUUUUGCGAGGAAUGAACCCAAGUCCGAAAAGCUACCACCUUCACAAGGAGGGAAAUUUGUUGGGUUUGGAUCGAAUCAUAAGCUUAGCCAUAAGAAAAAUAAGUCUCAUGGGGAUGUCCUCUCUGUUAUGUCUCAGGGGGUUUGGAAGUUAUCUAUGGUGGCUACUUCCGCAGCUCAAACAACUGCAAAUGCCGUCCAAAUAGGAAAGGAGUUAUCCUCGAAGGCGAAGGAAGGUAGCUGUGACACAAAGGUUCACCAAACUGUUCAUGUUGUUACUACAAAAACAAGUAAGUUUGGCCAUAAAACAUGGGGAGUCAUGAAAGGGGCAGUGACAUUAGCAACACAAAAGGUUGGGAGGUUCACUAAAGAUGCAAUGACCCAAAAAAGCAAUAACUGGCAACGGAAUAAUGGUUAUUAUCAAGAGUUUAAACAAGAGAAAGGAUGUAAUUCUACUUCUAGAGGAGAAUCCUUUUCUAAUGGGAAUCAUAGUUCUUAUAGCUCAAGUUAUUGGGAUAACUGUGGUACAAAAGACAAUAAUACGAAGGGAGAUACUGAAAACGUGACUAUCACUUCUAACAACAAUGAUGAUUGGGCUACCUGGGACAAUGAUGCAAAGGAUAGUGGAUAUGAUAAUUUCCAUAAUGUUGUAUUCCAUGAGGAAACUGUUGGUCAAAAUGGAAAAUCAAACACAUGUACGUCCAGGUUGAAUGAACUGCAAUGAUAUCAGCGCCAGCCAUAAGUACUUACCACAAACCGGAACGACGCAUUCAGGGACAUUACAACGUUUUUCCACCUUAGCAAACCUGCUGAGAAAAUUGCACAUCAAUAACCGAAAUGGAUGCUUUCAUCAAAUCCAUAAUCUUUACCAAACACUUUUUCCCUUAUUCUUUUAAAAAUGUUACUCAUGUAACUUUUAGGUAAGGUUGUUGUUUUUGAAAAUAGUGGAACAUUCUUCACGACUCAAAAA